GUAGAAGUUCGGUGAACCAGUUAUUUGUCUUUAGUCUUCUUGCUGCGUUCUGCGUAUUCGCACGGUCCGAAGUUCGGAAUUGUCCACGGUGUAAAAAUAAGAGGUGGUCCGACUGGCCCUCGGUCGCUGUGAUUAUUUUGCCGUGGUAUGGUGGGAAUCCGCGAGCGACCUCAUGCGUCGAUGCGAAUGAGCGGCAGAUUCGAUGCAAACGUCACUUUCGUUAAUACUGUCUGCUAGAUCGCUGCCAUUUUUGUUUACCUCUCCUCACCGACGCACGAGGUCCCUGGCGGAUUUUUUCCGUACUGAGACAUAUUUUUACACCGUGGAAGUACAGAGUAAAAAAUAUUUCGUAAACGCAGAUUUAUCACUAAAUAAUUAUCAUUCGAGUUCUCAGUAAUUAUGAUAAUAACCGCCACAAAUUAUGGCAACAGCUAGUGAAUUUGGACCGGAUUCAGGUGGAAGAGUCAAGGGUCUCACCAUUGUGAAGCCCAUCGUCUAUGGAAAUGUGGCUCGAUAUUUUGGUAAAAAGCGAGAGGAGGAUGGCCACACGCAUCAGUGGACUGUUUACGUUAAGCCGUACAACAACGAGGAUAUGUCGACAUAUGUGAAAAAAGUUCACUUCAAGCUACAUGAAAGUUAUAAUAAUCCAAACAGAAUCGUCACCAAGCCACCUUACGAAUUGACUGAGACAGGAUGGGGGGAAUUCGAAAUCGUCAUUAAGAUCUACUUCCACGACCCAAACGAGAGGCCGGUGACUAUUUAUCAUAUAUUGAAGCUAUUCCAAUCGACACCAGAAAUACAGUUAGGGAAAAAGAGUUUAGUUUCUGAAUUUUACGAAGAAAUAGUCUUUCAGGAUCCAACAGCUUUAAUGCAGCAUUUGCUAAGUUCUUCCAGACCUAUGACACUGGGUGUUUGGCGCCAUGAUAAUGAUUUCGAAGCCAAAAAACAGUCAACCCUUCAAGAGAUUGUGGAGGCAAAAAAUAAAAUCAGGGGAGAGGUAACAGAGCUUAAGGAAAAACUAACAUUGGCAAAAGAAACCAUCGCCAAGUUCAAGGAAGAGAUUUCUAAGAUAUCAAAAACAAACGGAGGUUUAAGUAUUAGUUGAUAUUAAUAGUUAUUUUAAUUAUCAGAUUGAAUAACAAUUAUUUGAUAGUUGUGCCGUAACUAAACUAAUUGACAAACUCUUCUGUUAUUUUUAAAAUCAUUUCGUACUUUCUUGUAUAACAACAAAAAUAAAGGUAUAAAAUAAUAUCUACAUAAAAGGUACCUAAAAGAUUAAAAAAUAUAUCAACGCCGCAGUAAAGUGCGAUUGAUUGAUAGAAAAUGUAACUAAAUUUGUUGAUUUUAUAAAAGCAGCUACUUACUUGGAUAUCAAAUUAAUGGCUCUAUUAACAGAAUCGCGUAAUACAUUGUUGGAGGGGUGACGCAACCAAGUUGAUCUUGCUACUUGUCUCAUAGUUGCACGUCGUGUAACAUCUGGUUCCAAGAGAUGCCUAUUCAAAUAAGAAGCUAAUUUAAUUUAGCUAUUGAGAUAAUUAGAACUUUAAAUUAACAAUAAAAUGACUCACGAAAUUAAUUUACAGACUGUUGAGCCAGCUUGAAUUUUCUCAUUAAAUUUAAUCAGUCUGUUUGUCUGUGCUCGAAUCAUGCUCGGCAUAUGGGCAUCGUCAAAUGGCAUUGACGCAGUCAACAUAAUGAACAAAAUGCAACCAAGCGACCAAGAAUCAUACAUCUUUGGAUUAUACAUGGUUCCUUGCAAAAUUUCUGGCGCGGCAUAAGCCGCACUACCACAGAAAGUGUCUGAUAAAAUUCUGUGCCCUUUUUCGUCGCGACACCAUCUGGCAAAUCCGAAGUCUAUAAACGCAUUUAACAAUUAAAUGUUAUAAAAAAUCGACUAAUACUAAGAAGAACGUUAAUAUCGUGUUACCAGCAAUUUUCACGUGGUCCUUUGUGGUCAACAAGACAUUUUCACAUUUCAAAUCCCUGUGAGCAAUAUCCAGCGAAUGUAAAUGUUGAACUGCGGAUACUAUCUGUUUGAAGAAAUGUCUUGACCUAGAUUCAGUCAGAGCACCUUUUGCCCGAAUAUAAUCCAAGAGAUCACCUCUCUCACAGAAGUCCAUGAAAAUGUAAACAUAACGUGGUGUGCUCAGAACAUUCAAUACUGUAACUAUGUUCGAAUGCCUUAAUCCUCGCACUACCGACAAUUCUCGAGGUAGAAAUUUGGUGACAAAUUCAUUGGAUGCUUUACACUUGUCGAUGAUCUUGCAAGCAAUCUUUUGAAUGUGAUUAUUUCCGGCCCGUUGGUAUACUGUCUUAAAAAUAAAAAACUGCUAAUAUUUUUCGUGACUCAACAAUUAAUUUUUUUUUUAUGUACAUAUGAGAGGGAACGCAGAUUCUGAUCUUUGUUACAACGUACAUACUUUGACUUUGCAGUAGGAACCUUCUCCUAUAGUUUUUCCAAAUGUGUAACCCUGAUCUUUUAGAUGCAGGUCAAUAGAAUUAGAACCAACGUCUUUGAAUCUGGAAGAUUCUACUUGGGAACUCGAUGGCCGUAAAGACAUUUCGGAAAGUAACCCACUAUUAGCCCUGCUCCUAAUGCAGUGCAACAUUAUUGGGCACUGCGUACUGUUUAUGAAAUAUAAAUAAUAAUAUCGUUGAAGUAAAAUGAAUAUAGAGGAUUUCGUUUAGAACAUGUUUAUUUAAAAUCAGAUCUCAAUUAUCAAAUAACUUUCAAUAUUCGGUAGCUUAUUGUUCUACCUCACCUUGUUCGGACGCUAUAACAUGAAUGUUGUGUCCCGUGCAAGGCCAAACUACUAAAAUUUUUUUUACUGAAAGGUGUCAAUUGAGACAAAAUCUGAGUGCUACGAGAUGGUCAUUCCAUUAAAAGUUAGAGUAAUUUCGUGUUUCUCAAUAAAAGAAAGCAAAAGACUUCAACCAGAAAUCAUUGGAGAGAGUGCUCUUUACAAAAAAUGACUCUCCAUGAUUAACAGUUGAAUUGAUUGACAGUAUCGCAUGAUUCUAGAUAGCUUCAUGCAUCUCAGUUUCUAAUUUUUUAAAAGCAUAUGUGGUAAACAAGUUAUAAAGAAAAUUAUUGAUUUAAAAUAACGGAUAAGGAUACAAUUGCAAGGCCAACGAGAAGCUUCUUAUAGUAUAUACAUAAAGGAAUUAUAUUUUAUUUUGUUAUAAAAUUUACUGUCAAUAUAAUAAUCUCUAUAAGUCUAUUAGGUUUUUCUAAAUUAAAAAUUAAAAUACUUGAUAUAACUUAACUCGGUAUUAUUAUCGUAUAAUAUUCAAUUAAUUACAGCUUAGGAACUGUUAAGAUUCUCCAUGAUUUGUUGCUGUAUCCUGCGGCAUGAUUUAAAAGAGAUAUAUAUUAUAUAUAUAUUUAAAUUACCCAUUAAUUCUCAUGGUAUUUUUAUAUGAACUUUUGAACCAGCCUUCUAAAUGCGAAGUAAUAUCGGUGAUUGAUUCAUGUGUCAAAAAUACAUUUAAUAGAGAAUGAUGGAAUAUCACCAACAAAUUGA